CUUUACAAGCGCCUGACUCAAUGACAGGCAUGCUAGUUCACUUUACAGUACCACUAAAGCUUGGUUUUUUUCUUGGGUUCUGACACAGGAUUUAGCCGAUGGAUUUCAGGCAUAGAAAGCAGCAAGUGGUUGUUUUGAUCUAAGGAUUAUGUUCAUCAAACUGAACUUAGUUCCAAGUUGAUUUUUUUCCUUGUAGUACUUAUCAGUUUUCUAAAUUUUGAGCAAGCUUUCUGCUUCUGCAACUGUGAGUGUUCUAGUUCUUUUGUAACUCAAUUCAAUGGGGAAGGUCAGAAGAGGAGUUGCUCUUUGUUUUGUGGCUUUCUUGUGGUUUUGGACCACUGUAAACGGAUUAUUAUCUGCUAAAGGUGUAAACUAUGAAGUGCAAGCUUUAAUGGGUAUAAAGAAUUCUUUGCAUGAUCCUCAUGGCGUUCUUGAUAAUUGGGAUGGGGAUGCUGUUGAUCCAUGUAGCUGGACAAUGGUAACUUGUUCUUCUGAGAGUCUAGUCAUUGGCCUAGGAAUUCCAAGCCAGAAUUUGUCUGGUACUCUUUCUCCAAGCAUUGGCAACCUAACAAACCUUCAGAUUGUGCUCUUACAGAACAACAACAUAACCGGACCAAUUCCUGCAGAGAUUGGUAGGUUAUCAGAGCUUCACACACUUGAUCUUUCAAAUAAUUUCUUCACUGGGGAAAUUCCUUUCUCUCUAGGCAACUUAAGGAGUCUCCAAUACAUGAGGUUUAAUAAUAACAGUCUCUCCGGAGCAGCUCCAAUGUCGUUGGCUAACAUGACCCAGCUUAUCUUUCUUGAUUUGUCCUUCAAUAAUUUGAGUGGCCCUGUUCCAAGGUUUCAUGCCAAAACAUUCAGCAUUGUUGGAAACUCUCUGAUCUGUGCAACUGGUUCUGAACCAGACUGCUAUGGGACUCAACUAAUGCCCAUGUCCAUGGAGUUGAAUAGCUCACAAACUGCACUACCUUCUGGCAGACAUAGAAGUCACAAAUUGUCCCUUGUGUUUGGCUUGAGUGUGGGAUGCGUCUCCACCAUUAUUCUUGCAUUUGGACUCUUUAUGUGGUGGAGGCAAAGGCGAAAUGAACAGAUGUUCUUUGAUGUCAAGGAGCGGCAUCAUGAGGAAGUUUCCCUUGGAAACUUGAGAAGGUUUCAAUUCAGAGAACUUCAGAUUGCAACACAUAACUUCAGCAGCAAGAACAUACUCGGGAAGGGAGGUUUUGGAAAUGUGUACAAAGGGACUCUAUCAGACGGGACUGUUGUUGCAGUCAAGAGGCUUAAAGAUGGAAACGCCAUUGGCGGAGAGAUCCAAUUCCAGACUGAAGUUGAGAUGAUCAGCUUAGCAGUCCAUCGGAAUCUCCUUAGACUUUAUGGAUUUUGUAUCACAUCCACAGAAAGGCUUCUGGUUUACCCGUACAUGUCUAAUGGCAGCGUUGCUUCUCGUCUCAAAGGGAAACCGGUCUUGGAUUGGGGAACCAGGAAGAGAAUUGCCUUAGGAGCUGGUAGAGGACUAUUAUACCUCCAUGAGCAAUGUGACCCAAAAAUAAUACACAGGGAUGUAAAGGCAGCAAAUAUAUUGCUUGAUGACUAUUGUGAGGCAGUUGUAGGAGAUUUUGGGUUGGCAAAGCUUUUAGAUCAUCAAGAUUCUCAUGUCACAACAGCCGUGAGAGGAACCGUUGGGCACAUAGCCCCCGAAUAUCUUUCCACUGGCCAGUCCUCUGAGAAAACAGAUGUUUUUGGAUUUGGUAUUCUUUUACUAGAAUUAAUAACCGGCCAAAGAGCGAUAGAAUUUGGCAAGACAGCUAACCAGAAAGGGGCAAUGCUUGAUUGGGUAAGGAAAAUUCACCAGGAGAAGAAACUUGAAAUGCUUGUAGACAAGGAUUUGAAAAGCAACUAUGACAGGAUUGAGCUUGAAGAGAUAGUUCAAGUGGCUCUAUUGUGCACCCAAUACCUUCCAGGACACAGACCAAAAAUGUCUGAAGUAGUUCGUAUGCUUGAAGGUGAUGGACUUGCAGAGCGAUGGGAAGCUUCCCAAAGAGCAGAAGCAACCAAAUGCAAACCCCAUGAAUUUUCCUCAUCUGAUCGAUACUCCGAUCUCACAGAUGAUUCAUCAUUACUAGUUCAAGCAAUGGAGCUCUCAGGCCCAAGGUGAACUUCAUAAAAGAUAUUUUUCUCUUUGAAAGAGAGUAAACAAUGAAUUAUAGUUAAGCCUACUGUGCAGAAGUUCCUGUCUUGAUUCAAAGUUAAUGUUGUAUAAUAGUGGUACAUCAGAGCUCCAAACUGGCUUUUAUUCUUUUUAUUUUCCCACCAAAUUGUAUAGUUUUUUUAGUUUGAGAAAAUUAUAGCUUUAGAAUGAAAUUUUCAUGUACUUGAUGUUCUUUUUGAGUGAAAAUUUUUUAAAGAGAA